AUGACUUCAGACCAGCACCAGGAGGACCAUCACUUGAAAGUGAGAGUUGCUGAGGUCAAAAAUGUGAACUUGAACGGGCUUGAAGCCUACUGCACUGUCGGUUUACGUCACAAGUCAGAUGACGGAUCAAUUGCAGUACUCGCAACCACCGAUUCCAAACUCGAGAAAAGUCGCCCAAGUCUCAAUCUACGAAUUUCUAGAACUGGCUCAUCCAUGGUCCUAAAUAGCAAAAGUACGCCAACUCUGAAUCGUACACGUCCUGUAGCUGGAGCUUCUCCUCUAUGGACAGAAGAGUUUGAUUUUGAUUUGGACGAUGGAUUUGAUGCUAUGAUCAUAACAGUCUACAAGAAAACUUUGGUAAAAGACACCAUAGUGGGAACACUGAUAAUACCGGUCGAUCUUUUGGAACCAGAUUCCAAGUCUCAGGAAUCUUGGUAUUCGCUCUCAAACAGAUAUGCCGAACAGCUCGAUAUCAAAUCUACAAAGAGUCCACAUUCAUUCGAACCAUUGGAAUCAACCUUACCAACUGUGUGUGCCGAGUGUAGAGGAUUGCUGUGGUCUGUUGGAGUGUUGGGUGAUUCUGGAAGAGUUAGAUGUGAAAAUUGUCAUACAACAGCUCAUUCGAAAUGCUCCUCAAAACUUCCUGCUGAUUGUGGUCAAGUUGGAUCGAUACGUGUUCUGUACACUUAUACUCGUGAACCCAUUUGUCCCAGAUCUGAAUACGAUACAAUGACCAACAUCUUACUCGCUGAAGACCUUCAGGCUCUAUCAAUAUUUGGACGAGUUUGUGAAGAACGUGAGGAUGUAGCCAAACAUCUUUUGACUCUACUCGAUUCACGAGGAUUGGCGAGAAACGUCAUUUGCAAAUUAUGCCAGUUUGAAAUACAAGCUACAAAAGAUCCAAACACCAUAUUCCGCGGAAACAGUCUUGCUACCAAGAGUCUUGACGUCUACAUGAAGCGAGUUGGAAUGAAAUACCUGCAAGACAUACUUCAACCCAUAGUCAAGGAAAUCAUAAAGCAAAACCGUUCGACUGAACUGGAUCCUCUUAAACGAGAAAAUCAAAACUCAGAAGCGCAAGACGAAGCUCAAACAGUGCUCAUUGCAUAUGUGCAAUGGACCUUACGAUCCAUCUUAUCCUCAUCCAAAAAAUGUCCCAAAGGCAUGAAGACAAUUUUUCGAACAAUAAGGAGCGAGAUUGUCAAGACGUUUCCAACGGACAAGGCAAGUCCUUCAUCCAUCCUUUCCCCAAAACUAUUCGACCUCACCGAUACACUACCAAACAGCACAAAUGCCAGAACAUUCGCCCUUAUUAGCAAAUGUUGUCAACAAUCAGCCAACUUUGUACCAUUUGACGGCCGAAAGGAAGCAUUCAUGCAAUGUUGCAACGACGUUGUGUCUAGUCACUUUCAGGAAGUGCGAAAGUUCUGUGAUGAGCUCUGUGAACCAGAAACGAGAAAAACCAGAAGACUUGGUGGAAGUGGAACGUCCAGUGCCAUGUUCUCGUGCUGCACAAACGACGAGGACAACAACGGCCCCAAAAGCCCCGUCACGAAAGCCUCUGAAGUCCUGUCUACUGCUGAAUUCGACAAUACAAACAAGCAGGGAGAGGUCGCGAAAUCACUCGCUGCAUUAUCCAGGCACAUUUCUAGGGUGCAAGAGAAGAUGAUGGCCUCAGUUAAAAGCCCCGAGGAACGGGAAGCAAGCACUAAACUCCUUGCAGCUGUAUCCACGCUGGUCAAGUCAAAUUAUGCGAUGGAACGAAGGAGACUUACAAACGAAAUGCUUGUGAAGAGACGAACCAACUAUGUCUUUGCAGAAGAAGCUCCUCAAGAAACCUCAGCAACAGUCACCGAUCCACAUAUACCGACCGCUUCUUCCGCAAACCUGGAAUCCACACCAGAAUCCAAUGUCCCACGGUGA